GACAUGGCUUCGCAUCAGACGUUCACCAGCAUGGCUGUGGAUCAGCCCCAAUUCUAGGUGUAUGUUCCGCGUAUCAUGUCUGCCUUAGUGGUUCGUGAAGCAUAUCCUCCGAACAAAAGGCCCUCGAGUGGUUUUUGCAGCGCCCCUCGCCCCUCGGCAUACAGUGUGCAUGAUAAAGGACCCGACUAAAGAACUCCUUGCCAGAAACCGAAGAUGGUCGAGAUAAAUGACUAUGCCUCCUACCCAGAAAGAACAAACACUAUUCGUCGCAAGCCUGUCGCAACCUCCAACCUGCCUUCCGCCUCCACCAAACCACAAAUAUUGCUCGAUAGAUGGAAGUCACUGUCUCGCAAAUAUCAAAUCCUCAUUGUCCUUGGCCUUCUAGCCGUCUUAAUCUUGAUCAUAGGCCUUGCUGUUGGCUUAUCGACCCGGAGCCGACAUCAAAACCUUCCUCUACCCUCAGGGCGAGGCGGACCUUACACUGGAGAUCUUACCUAUUAUGACCCAGGCCUAGGCGCCUGUGGCAUCACCUCCUCCAACAAGGACAAAAUUGUUGCCGUCUCUCAUCUUGUAUUCGACGCAGUUAGUGUUGGGAGUAAUCCCAAUAACAACCCUCUGUGUGGCAAGAAGAUUCGAGCACGAAGAAGUAAUAGGAGCGUCGACUUGACGGUCGUGGAUAGAUGCACUGGCUGUGAACCUACAGACAUCGAUGUUACAGUCAACAUCUUUGCAACAUUGGCCGAGGUUGAACAAGGGAGAGUCAGUGUAGAAUGGAACUGGCUUCAAGAUGUCCCUUAGAAUUCAAGGCUGAACGUCUUGACCAAUGCCCAUCAAAUGGCUCCUGGGUACCCAAAGUUCGCACUCCAGCUUCUGUUGAUCGGGGCGUUCCAAAGCCCUGGAUGUAAAGAGUGACAGCGGUUGCUCCCGCUCAUCAUCCGGCAUACCGGAGUAGUGGACAUCUACGCACAUUCCGCGGAGAAGAGCGCCCGAGGGCCC